AUGAAAUCCUUCUUCGUUGCUUGCCUUGCUGCGACCAGCGCUUUCGCAGCACCUCUUGCUGCUCCUCAGCUGGGCGGCUUCCCAAGCUUCGGCGGUGGUCUCGGCAGCUUAACCAGCAACGAUGUCAUCGACGGUGUUUGCAAGCCCGUGACUUACAUCUUCGCUCGUGGUACCACCGAACUCGGCAACAUGGGAUCCACGGUCGGCCCAGCUCUUCAGAGAGCCCUGGAGUCUGCCUUUGGUGGCAACAAUGUUGCUACUCAGGGUGUCACAUAUCCUGCUGAUGUUGCUGGCGCUAUUAGCGGUGCUCUCAAUCCUGGCUCUGCUCAGGGUGCCCGUACCAUGGCUAGCUUAACUCAGCAGGCUCUGAGCAAGUGUCCUGAUACCAAGAUUAUUCUUGCCGGCUACUCGCAGGGUGCUGAGCAAGUGCAUGGCGCUCUUAUGAACCUUCAGAAGGGACAGGUCUCUGUUGCUCUUACUUUCGGCGACCCGCUCCAGAGGAUCCCAUUCAGAAACAUCGACGCUGGUCGUACCAAGGUCUACUGCAAUCUUCUCGAUGGCGUCUGCAAUGGCGCUUUUAUUAUCUCUGCUGCUCACUUGUCCUAUUCCUUUGAGGAUACUACUCCUGCUGCUCAGUUCGCUAAGGGUGUCGUUGGCAAUAUUUGA